AUGCUAUGUCUCCUCUCAUUAGAUCCUGUCGAUACUAUUACUUUGAAGCUCGGUGAUCUCGUCACUCAACCUGCUGCUGCUGCCACCACUCCUCCAGCUGCCACUGGCACACCAGAGAAAAGUGCUACCCCAGAGGAAGAUGAUUCCAACUUGAUCCAAAGUACGCAUGUCGUCCAAGUCAAGCUUGCUGAUCAACAAGCUGACCCCAACUCGCCCUUAUAUUCCGUCAAGUCUUUCGAGCAAUUGGGUCUUAGCCCUGAAUUACUCAAGGGCUUGUAUGCCAUGAAGUUCUCCAAGCCCUCCAAGAUUCAAGAGCGUGCUCUUCCAUUGCUGAUUGGUAACCCCCCAAGAAACAUGAUCGGUCAAUCUCAAAGUGGUACUGGUAAGACUGCCGCUUUUGUCCUUACUAUGCUUACCCGAAUCAACCUUGGUGUCAAUGUGCCUCAAGCUAUCUGUCUUGCUCCUUCUCGUGAGCUUGCCCGUCAAAUCAUGGAUGUUGUGGAAGCCAUGAGCAAAUACACCAAUAUCACCACCAAGUUGGUCGUCAAAGAUUCACUCAGGAGAAACGAGCAUGUUCAAUCCCAAGUUAUCGUCGGUACGCCCGGUAGUGUCGCAGAUGUGAUUAGAAGAAGACUUUUGCCUGUCCAAGCAGUCAAGAUAUUUGUACUCGACGAGGCUGAUAACAUGUUGGAUCAAGAUGGUUUGGGCGAUCAAAGUAUCCGCAUCAAAAACAAUCUGAAGAACAGCAACCCUCAAAUCGUUUUAUUUUCAGCUACAUUCCCUGAACACGUCCGCGAAUUCGCCACCAAAUUUGCACCCAAUGCAAACGAAAUUUCGUUGAAACGUGAAGAUUUGAGUGUCGAUGCCAUCAAACAGCUUUACAUGGAUUGUGACAGCGAGGAGCACAAAUACGAAACACUCUGCAACAUUUACGACUUGUUAACCGUCAGCCAAAGUAUCAUUUUCUGUAAGAGACGUGAAUCCGCUGAUGAAAUCGCCAGACGUAUGAAGGCACAAGGACAUUCAGUUAUCUCGCUUCACGGUAAGAUGACACCCGAAGAGCGUGAUAAAGUUAUGGAUGAUUUCCGUAGAGGUGAAUUUAAGGUCUUGAUCACCACCAAUGUUCUCGCUCGUGGUAUCGAUAUUUCACAAGUAUCUUUGGUCAUCAACUAUGAUCUUCCCAUUGACCAACGUGGCCAAGUUGACUUUGAAGCAUAUCUCCACAGAAUUGGUCGUACUGGCCGUUUUGGUCGCACUGGUGUCAGUAUCAUUCUCAUCGACAGCAAAAGAGCUUGGGAGCAAAUGAGAGAAAUUGAAGACCACUUUGGUAGAGAAAUCGUCAAUGUGCCUACUGCAGACUGGGAGCAGGUUGAAAAGCAACUGAAAGAACUUAUUUAG